AUGGUACCAUCAUUGGUUGUUCAUUGCAUCAAUGAAGUGGAAUUACGAGGAAUGAGUGAACCAGGGUUAUAUAGGGUAAAUGGUGGUACAACAGAAGUAAAAUGUCUGAAAGAAAAGUUCCUGAAGAGAAAAGGUGCUCCCAACCUUUCUGAGGUAUACAAAUUUGAAGCUAACAAAUAUAAGGCAAAGCAUUUAUUACUAUCUCUUAUCACCAGGUGUUUACGGGAACCAUUAAUUACUGUAAGAUUAUGGGCGGACUUUGUUCGCGCCACUACUAUUAGCGAUAAACAGGAUGCCGAUGCUGCUUUAUAUCAGGCGAUUUCAGAAUUACCACAGCUUAACAGAAAUACUCUCGCUUUCUUAACGUUACACUUACAAAGACUAUCAGGCAGCCCUGAAUGUAAAAUGCCUAUAAGAAAUCUGGCCAAAGUUUUUGGACCCAUACUAGUGGGUUAUAGUUGCCAAAACCUAUCGCCAGCUUCUUUGUUCACAGAAACCAGAAAUCAAGUUACGGUAGUUGAAAAUCUGUUGAAAAUCCCUUCAGAUUAUUGGGCAAAUUUUGUCAAUCCUGAAAAUUUAAGUAAUCUUGUUACUCAUAAGACAGCCGAGCUAAGAUAUACACCACCUAAAGAAUUUUUACUCAAACGUAGUACUUCUCGCUGCUUCUUUAAUACUCCUCUUACUUCUGGUCGAACUCUUAUGAGGAAAAAUAGAAAAAAAUACUUUGCAACACCUCCCUCUAGAGCAGGUUUUUAA